AUGUAUGAAAAAAAGAUUACGGAAAUGCCUUAAAUUAUAUAAAUGAGUAAACUUAAUUAAUUAAGAGACAAUCGAAAAUUAAAAUCAAACCAGAUUAAUCCUAGAUUAAUUCAAUCUAAUCAUAAAUCCAAGUUUAUAAAUCAAAGCAAUAAAUCAUGUAUAAUUUAGAAGUCAUAUAUUAUACUUUUAAUUAAUUUUUUGUUUUACAAAUUCAUGCAUAAUAGAUUAGUUCUGCUAAAAAUUGCAAAGAAUUUAUCUACAAAAUAAAAUAUUGAAUUAUCCAAUUUCACUAUUUCACUGAUUUGA